CGCGCCCGCGACACCGCCGCUGUCGUUCACGGUCCGCCGGCGCGAACGGAACUGUUCGCCGACAACCCGGGCCCGCCCGAUCGCGUUCUCGGACGUCGCGAGUGUUCCCAUCGUGUUUUGUCCGCCGCCGUCGUCGUCAGCCCCGGGCCCGGUAUCGAAACAAUAGCGAAGUUCGUCGCGAUCCGGUCGCCGGUGCCGUUUGUCGGGAUAAUAGUAUCGAUAACCGCGAUCCGCGAACAAAUCAAUCCGUCGUGUGUCACCGGAUCAGCGAGAACGACGAGCGACCGAGCACUCACGUGGAGGUGAAAUCUCGUAGCUGAAGUAAACCGUACCGGAGAAAAUGGGAAACAAUUAUAGAAUGUUGUAAACAUGAUUCAAAAAACGACGAAUCCGUGAUUUAAUGGCAUUCACCGCGACUAAAUCAUCGUUACCGCAUGGCGUCUAAUAAGCAAGUACGCUGCGUUUCGUUGGCCAUCGGAACUACUCACGGCCUCGUUCAGAUAUCGAUCAGACCGUUUUUCGAACAGACGAAAACAAGUACAUGAAUUUACUCAACAAAUUUGCGUUGCAAUCACAUUCGGAAUAAAAUCCACAAAAUCUUGGUCGAGCUAUAUCGGUUUCGCGUUGAUAGGGGCGGACAAUGAACUUUUCGCUGGCCGAAAACGACACGGGAAAACUGGUCGGGAACGCGACCGACGGUGGCCGUAACGAUGAACUGUUCAAAAACGUACAUCUCACCGACUACCUGUUGAUCGUGUUGUUCUGCCUGGUCAUACUGACGACGGUGGUGGGCAACACGUUGAUCAUAUUCGCCGUGUUCACGACCAGGCGACUGCGGACGGUGACGAAUUACUUCGUGACAUCGCUGGCAGUGGCCGAUUGGCUGGUCGGCACGUUCGUCAUGCCCAUAGCUGCGGUCUAUCACGUUAUGGGCACUUGGACGUUCGGACGUUUGAUAUGCGACAUUUGGGUGUCGCUGGACGUGUGCCUGUGCACCGCGUCCAUACUCAGCCUUUGCGCCAUAUCGAUAGACCGGUAUUUCGCCAUCACGAAGCCCCUGCGGUAUUCGAAAAAACGGCGGUCGAAAAGGCUCGCGUCGCUCAUGAUACUGGUCGUGUGGCUCGUCUCGCUGGUCAUCACGUGCGCUCCGCUCUUCGGCUGGUACGACGAGAACCGUCACAGCAACCACGGCUGUACGUACAACCAGAACCAGGCGUACGUGGUGUUCUCGGCGAUGGGCUCGUUUUUCUUACCGCUCAUAGUUGUCGUUUACGUUUAUUUAAAAAUAUCCUGCGUGAUCGCGGAACGGCACAACAAACUGGAAGCGCUCAACGGACAAAAGCUGAAGAUAUCGCGGUACAGCCACGAGUCGAUGGAGAGGCCGCCGGUGGAAAUGGACGAGAUCGUGCGCAUCAGCUUGCGCAGAGGUGACGAUUGCCGGGUGUCGCUGAAGCGCGAGAACAAGACCGCCCAGACGCUGUCGAUCGUGGUGGGCGGCUUCAUAGCAUGCUGGCUGUUCUUCUUCGUCGUCUACCUGAUCACGCCGUUCGUGCCUCAAACGACGAUACUGCCGGACAUGUUGAAGUGGCUCACGUGGUUGGGUUGGAUAAACUCGGCCAUCAACCCGUUCAUAUACGCGUUCGUCAGCCCAGACUUUCGCAUGGCGUUCUGGCGGUUGACGUGCAGCUACUGCGCCGGCCACAAGCCCAACCCGAACGCGCCACACAACCGAUUCGUCAUCAGGUACAGCAACUACUCGCGGAACCAAGUGUAACCUGCGGACCAGGAUCGGCGGAAGGAGACGGGGCCGAACGUGAUUUUGUCGGUUUUCACGGUGGACGGGGGAGGUUUAAUUAAAAUAAAAUAUUUUUAAAAAAAAAACGUUUAUCACGAGAUGAUGACACGUGUGUAAUAUUAAAUAAAUACUGUGUGUGCAACUAUGCGUAUAUCGACGUGUUUGUCCGUGUAAUACGAUAUUAUUAUGUAUUUAGUGACGAGCGAGUCCGGACUGGAUGUUACGACGGAUAUGUAAAAUGACAAAUUGUUUUUUGUUUUUCGUUUCCCCCCCCCCCCCCCCAGUACAGUACGACAGUCGGCACGAAUCUAAAAGUUAAAAUACGUACGUUUCGAUGAAUUAAUAUGUUUUCCAGUUCCACGGUCUUCCGGAUCGAACCGCGAUAUCAAACUUAACACCAACGGUAUUAUAUGACGGCAAUGAUGACGUGCCGCAAGGUAAACCGUCCAAAACAAAUCUGAAACGUUAAGGUUGUGCGUCGAUGCACAGAUCGAUGAGUUCUGUUUGGCGUACGUGGUUCGAUUCGAAGUUCUUGACGACGUUCCAUACACUUCGAACACGUUCAGGUACGAGUUUUGGUUUUUCACGUAACUCGUCAAAUAUUUUUCGACUUUUUUUCUACCAUCGCAAAUAAUUUCGAAACUGUCCGUUUAACGAAUUACAUGGGCGACACGCGUGCCAAAUACACGACAUGUUGGUUAGAUUUCAAUGGCACGUGAAAAAAAAAAAAAUGAUUUAAAAUAUAGAAAACCCGCUGAGUCAGGGCUGUUGCUAAACAAUUAUUUCGAUUCGACACGGAUGCUUGGUAUACUUAUUCAUACAUACGUGUCUAAGCACUUGGAACGUUUUGAGUACCGAUUCAAUCGCAACAUGUGACUUGAAAAAGGCCGUCCCGGGCUUAAAACGUAAACCGAAAUCGUGUUCAACGUUAACGAUUUCGUCCUGACCAGCACGGUUUAGUUUAUUAGUCCUGGAAUAGAAUCGCGAAUACGUGCAGGUGGCAUUAAAUAUCCAUUAGACAAUGGUGUCUUGGCACUUGUUUAACACUCGCCGAUCGUUCCAACAAGACUUUGCCCGAAACUUCUUCUAUUAUCGACGUGCAGGUGUUCCCCAUCCAUCCGACCGUCGUGCCGAAUGUUUUCCUCUACGUUGGUCGAAACGCGUAUAACACCAAAGUGAUCGUUGAAAAUCGCGUACAACAAUUAUUGCCGAGUGAUUUUCAUUCGAUUUGUACUACUGUCGUUUAAAAAGAAUCGUCAGGCUUCCUAAGGCGUCUAGAAAAUUAGGAUUCGACCAACAGUUCUUAAAUGGUUUUACAUCACACCAUAUUCGAUCAUCAUCAGGUAUCAUUUAUUGCUACGCGAUUACUUGUUAACGACACUACACGUUUGGGUAGCGCGAAAAUUAACCGUUUCUUUUCCGUCGUAUUAUACAUCGUAGUGGUGUUUGCGGGUUUUUCUGUUAAAAAUCCAUCGCCGUAACAAACAUCUCCGUGCAACAAUGAUUUUUUUAUUGAUUUUUUUCCCAAUAAUAUUCGCGAACAAUUUCCGGUCUGUUGUAUUCUUAUAACGCAUCUGGUACAUUAUUUUAUAACCAGGGUUCGGAAGUUAUAGGAGUUGGGUAUUGUUCUGUAUGCUCUCGAUUUAUAGCAGACCAAGCUAGAAAUCGGAACUAAAAAAUGUUGAGUUUAAACAUUAAAAAUUAAAAAAGUCAUAUUUUGCAUAA